AUGAUUACUGAUUAUCAUUCUCCAUGUGAACUUAUAUUAAAAAUUGGUUGUAAUGAAAUCGAUGAAAUAUCAUCAGCUAUAACAAGUCUUCUUCGUUCAUGUUCAAUAACGGAUCAAACAUUUUUAUUCUUUGAACAUCAACUACAUCCAACAACAUAUUUCGGUUCAUUUACAAAUCAAAUUUUACGUUCAAAACUUCCUAUACAAUCUCAAUCGUUAAGUUGUGUUAUUUUUUUAUCUGAUGAUAUAUUUAAACAACAAGGAAAAAAAGAUUUUUUUAAAUCUAUUGAUAUAUGGAAUUUUCAUCAUAAAAUUGAAUUAUUAGAUGAAUAUAGAAAAAUUAUAGCAAGACAAGAUUAUUAUGAAUUAUCACAUUCAUUACCAUUAUGGUCAAUAUCACAUAUACCAAAUAAUCGAAAUAUAAUUAUACGUUUUAAUAUAUUUACAAAAAAUUUUGAUAUUAUGGUAAAUUUUUAUAAGCAUUUAUUUCAACGUAAUCCAGAUUCGAGUAAAUCAGGUUUUGUACUUUUUAAUUUAUCAUCAAUAUCAAUACAUAAUAAAUUACAUUAUCAAUUAUCUAUUAAAUAUUCUCCAUCAAUUGAAUCAUAUACAAUAUCACAAGGAGCUUAUUUAAAAUUUCGUUUAAAUAAUUUAAAUCAUUUUAUUCAUGAAUAUACAAGUAAAUUAUUUACAAUAAAUAAAUCGGAAUAUUAUAUUUAUGAUCCUGAUGGAAAUCUUCUUCAUUUAUAUUUACGUAAUAAUAUAUCAUCAAAUAUGAAAGAAUGUAUAUCUUCCAAAUCAUUUAUUCAUACAAAUGAUAGUGGUUUUGGUGAUAGUAGUGAUCCAUCAAUACAAUUAUUGAAAACAAGUAUUUCACGAAUUUAUCCAACAAAUAAUGAUAUAGAUGAACAAAGUCAUUCAUCAAAUGAUUCUGGUCAAUAUAGUUCGAUAUCAUCAAAUGAAAUAAGAAUAGUUCAUCAUAAUCCUGUUCCAAAAUUAAACAGUAUAUCAGUUCGAUCAGCAACUAAAAGCGAAGUUGAUUGUCGAUUAAAACAACAACAAAAACCAGUACCUCGUAUUCCUUUGAAACAUCAACAAUGGAAAUCACCAUUAUAUGAAAGUGAACCACGUUUAUCAAAUAUAGAUUAUAAUCAUCAAUAUUAUUCAUCAAUGAAUAAUAUUAUAAAAUCUAAUAAAAUUCGUCCGAUUUCAACGAAUCAUUUUCAAUCAUCAAUAAAUGAUGAUUAUGAUAUUUCUUAUGAAGUUGAUUCACCACGUUUCGAAUCAAAAAUAUUAACAAAUCAAUCUUCAUCAGGUUAUCUUAAUGCAUUUUUAUUAAAAAAACAACAAAAUGUUAAACAUCUUAUUGCUCAAUUUGAAAAACCAAAUACAUCAAGACCAAAAUCAGUUCCAGCAAAUGAUCAAUUACCAUUUACAUCAGCAAAACAAUCAAUUCAUAGUACAAUAAUACCAAUGUCAGAUAAAACAUUACAAUUGUGUUCAAAACCUUUAAUAUUCGAAUGUGAAAAUUAUAAUAAUGAUAUAUUAAAUAUAACUGAUGAACAAAUAAAUGAUACAUUUAAUCAAAUACGUACUCCACGAAUUAAUAUUGGUAUAACAUUAAAUUCUCGAUUAAGAAAAACACCUGUACUUGAUAUGUUAAGAAGUACAACUAUGCAAACAGAUAAAUCUUUGAAUAGAACAAAUUCUUGCAAACAAUCAUCGUCUAUACCAAUUGCACGAUUUUAA